AUGAGUGGGUGUACGUGACUCAAUUGCAAAAUCCAUCAACAGCUGCUUUCCCCAGGAUUCACCUGUUUUUCCUAUUUUUUUUUUUUUCUUUUUGCUUUCGGUUGGAUUGGGUUGGUUUUUUUUUUUUGGUUUUUAUUUGGUACUAACAAGUUUCUAUAGUUCGUCUAGUUGACUUGAUAAAAUUCUUUCUCCCCAUACUUCCCGAAAUCGAACUUCCUUAUGAGUCAAUCACUUUCGAUGAGAAGAUCGUCUAUACCAUCGGUACCGCUUUCAUCUUCUUGAUUGGCCAAUUGCCCAUCUAUGGCUUGAUCCCGCAAGCGCAGUUCCAUUUGAUUGACCCGUUCUACUCCAUUAGAUCGGUUUUUGCUAUGGAAAAGGCAACGUUGUUGGAGUUGGGGUUGUUGCCCAUCAUAACUUCGGCUUUCAUUUGGCAGUUGGCCGCUGGGUUGAAAUUGAUCAAUUUGAACUUGUCGAUUAGACUAGAUCGUGAAUUGUUCCAAUCGGGCCAGAAGUUGACUAGUUGGGGUUUGGCCAUUGUGAUUGCUGCUGGGUUGAUCUACAGUGGAUACUAUGAUAAUGUCAUUCGCGGAUACAAGAGCUUAGGUAGUGCUGCUGCUGGUGGUGGGUUAACUGGUGCUGCGUUAUUGUGGAGCUAUUUCACCAUUUUCCUUCAAGUUGUCACUUGGCAAGUUGUCGUUUCCUUGUUGGUGGAGAUUUUCGAUAAGGGCUAUGGCUUUGGAUCGGGGAUCUUGUGCUUUUUGACUUUGCAAAAUGCUACUAAUUUCAUUAGUGAAUUGAUUGGGUUGGAAAUGUACCCCGUGGUCAACAACACCAAGAAAUUUGAAAGUUUGGGCGCCUUGUUGAAUUUGAUUCGUAAUUUUUCAUUCACCAAGCCCACACUCACAAUCAACCAAAUCUGGCAUGCAUUCACUAGAGUCCAAUUACCCAACUUGACUCAAUUUUACAUUGCACUUGCAUCGAUCUUGGCCGUUAUUGCAUUACAAAACUUUAGAAUUGAAGUUCCGAUUAGAUCGACAAAAGUGAGAGGCAUGAACCAAAUGUUCCCCAUUAGAUUAUUAUACUGCGGUGGACUCCCCGUGUUGUUUGCAUACACCGUGAUUGCCAAUUUACAAGUAUUUGGAUUCAUUGCGCAAUCAAUCUUGGUCAAGUUGAGACUUUCGCCCUACGUCACCGUUUUGUUGGCUAACUACGUCGUUGAACCUUACUCCAAUAGAUUGGUGAUCAAAUCCGGUUUGCUUUAUUUUUUCACCGCGUCACAGAAUUUGCUUUAUUCAAUCAUCUCGCCAUUGCGAACCAUAGUCUACAGUCUCUCCGUUGUCAUUUUGUCAAUUUGGUUCGCUUACAAAUGGUGCUACAUUUCAGGCUCAUCGCCAAAGGACAUCGCAAAGCAAUUCAAAGAUCAGGGAAUCUCCAUUGCGGGAAAGAGAGAUAUUUCCAUCACGAAGGAGUUAUCGAGAGUCGUGCCCAUUGCCGCUGUAUCGGGAGCUUUCAUCUUGAGCGCCGUCGCAGUUGCAGGUGAUGUCUUUGGCGGAUUGGGUAAAAAUGUCGCUUGCAUUGUGGGGGUCUCGUCCGCUUUUGGAAUCUUGGAAGAGUUCAUGAUUGAUUACCAGCAAGCUGGAGGCUCGCAAUUUUCCAGCGCGCUUUCGGGUUUCCAACAAUAA